AUGGGGAAAAAACUUUGUCAAACUAAAAAGGAACUUCGGGAGACUAAGAUAAAUAAGAUCUCAGUGAACAGGGGUAGUCAGUGUCCUGUAGAGCUUCAUGUGCACAAUUUGCAGAACGGACUGAAAUACAAGGAUACACUUCAUCACCAAGCUGUGAGGAGUCAGUGCUGCAGACCCAAAGUUUGUCAGGGCUCCACAGUGAACCAGAAGUGUCUAUGGUGUGCACCUCCUAGUUCCUCCAAUGAACUACUAACACAGGCCAUUGACUUUAUCAACCAGUACUACAAAUCCUUCAAAAUCUCCAACACUGAGGAGCAUUUAGCCCGGAUUAAUGAGGUGGCUCGAGAGAUUGAUACUACAGGAACUUAUCAGCUCACCUCAGAGGAACUGGCAUUCGGAACCAGACAGGCAUGGAGGAAUGCACCCAGAUGCAUUGGCAGGAUCCAGUGGUCAAAUUUACAGGUGUUUGAUGCACGCAAAUGCCUGACAGCAGAAGACAUGUUCCAGUUUUUGUGUGCUCAUUUUAAGUUUGCAUCAAAUGGGGGCAACGUGAGGGCAGCCAUUACGAUUUUUCCUCAACGAACUGAUGGCAAGCAUGAUUUCCGUAUUUGGAACAGUCAGCUCAUAAGAUAUGCUGGCUAUCAGAUGAAAGAUGGCAGUGUAGUAGGAGACCCUGCUAAUGUGGAAUUUACACAGAUUUGUAUCCGGCUUGGAUGGACACCAAAGUACGGCCUUUUUGAUGUGCUGCCACUAGUCCUGCAAGCUAAUGGGGAAGAUCCUGAUCUGUUUGAAAUUCCAGCAGAGUUGGUGUUAGAGGUUAAACUAGAACAUCCUCAGUAUAAGUGGUUCAAAGAUCUGAAUCUGAAAUGGUAUGCUGUGCCUGCAGUAUCCAACAUGUUGCUUGAGAUUGGUGGUCUGGAGUUUACAGCUUGCCCUUUUAACGGCUGGUAUAUGGGCACUGAGAUUGGUGUGAGAAACUUGUGUGAUUCUCAGCGCUACAACAUUCUGGAGGAUGUUGGUCGUUGUAUGGGGCUGGAGACACACAGGUUGUCAUCACUGUGGAAGGAUGAGGCUCUGGUUGUCAUCAAUGUGGCUGUGAUUUACAGUUUCCAGAAAAACAAUGUGACGAUCACAGACCACCACUCUGCUACAGAGUCCUUUAUGAAGCACAUGGAGACUGAACUACAUCUACGUGGUGGCUGCCCUGCUGACUGGGUUUGGUUAGUGCCACCCAUGUCUGGCUCUCUGACCCCUGUGUUUCACCAGGAGAUGAUCAGCUACAUUCUCUCACCCUUUUACUACUACCAGCCUGAUCCCUGGUUAUCACAUGUGUGGAAAGAUGAGAACAGAGGCCUGAAGAAGCGAAGACUCAUCAGUUUUAAAGGUUUGAUAUGGGCAGUGAUCUUCUCUCAAACCCUUACACAAUUCACCUCGGGAAAAAGAGUGCCUUGUACCAUUCUGUAUGCUACUGAAACAGGAAAAUCACAAACUUUUGCCAAGAAGCUGAAGUCAAUAUUCAGUUCUGCUUUCAACCCCAGGCUACUUUGCAUGGAGGACUACAACUUCCAUGAGCUUGAGAGAGAGUGCCUCCUAAUGCUGGUUACAAGUACAUUUGGCAAUGGAGACCCUCCUACAAAUGGACAGACAUUUAAGGAUCUCCUUUUUAGGACGGCAACCCUCAGAAACAAAGUCAGAUACAGUGUAUUUGGCCUUGGCUCUCGUGUGUACCCUCAGUUUUGUGCAUUUGCUCAUGCUGUGGAUAAUAAGUUUGCGGAGCUGGGAGCCAAAUGUCUGACCGCCAUAGGAGAAGGAGACGAGCUGAACGGUCAAGACGACGCUUUUUCGGCUUGGGCUCGCACUUCAUUUAAAGCUGCAUGUAAGGAGUUUUGUAUUAAGGACCAGGUUUUAGGAGGUGAGAGUCGAUCAGACAGCUGGGACUCUCUGAGACACCGAGUGAAGCCUGACGGUGGUACUCUAGACCGCAUCACAGCUCUUUCAGCACUCCACUCCAAAACUGUGAUCCCAAUGAAGCUGAAAAGAAGAAAACAUCUACAAAGAUCAGGAUCAAGACACAGCACUAUACUGGUAGAACUAGAGUUGGAUGGUGGAAAAGAUCUCUUAAGUUAUGAACCAGGGGACCAUGUGGGUGUUUUCCCAGGGAAUUCCCCUGAACUAGUCACUGGUAUUCUGAAGCAUCUUCCUAAUGCCCCGGCCACCAAUCAAAGUGUCCGACUUGAGUAUCUUCCUGACUCUGAGUCUGGUGAAGGAUGGCAGACAGAUUUUCGUAUUCCACCGUGCCCUCUGGCCAAGGCUCUCACAUACCUGCUGGAUAUAACCACUCCACCUUCUCAAAGCUUUCUGCAUAAACUCUCACAAAUAACUAAGGACAAAAAUGACAGACGACGCCUGCUAACACUUGCAAGUGACUUGACGUGUUACUCAGAAUGGAAAGCAUUUCACAGGCCCAAUUUCCUGGAGGUUUUCAGGGAGUUCCCUUCUCUAGAACUUUCUUCCUCCUUCCUUCUCAGUCAGUUACCCUUGUUGAAGCCUCGUCUUUAUUCGGUCAGCUCGUCUCUAGAUCUGCACCCUGAUGAGAUUCACCUCACUGUGUCUGUUGUCAGCUAUCACACCCAGGAUGGAAAAGGUCCUCUGCAUCAUGGUGUCUGCAGCACAUGGCUUAACACCCUUAAAGAGGGACAAACAAUGCCCUGCUUCAUUCAAGGAUCCAAUGGGUUUCACUUAACAUCAGAUCCCAGUUCUCCCACAAUCCUUAUCGGAGCAGGAAGUGGCAUCGCCCCCUUUCGUAGCUUCUGGCAACAGCGCUUUCAUGAUAUGAAAAAGACAGGUCUGAAAAAGAGCCAAAUGAUGCUGGUGUUCGGAUGUCAUAGUGCAGAUACAGAUCAUUUGUAUAAAGAUGAGACUUUUGAAAUGAAAGAAAAUGGCACUCUAAAGAGUAUUACUCCAGCGUACUCUCACCAGGCUGGUCACCCCAAGGUGUACGUUCAGGAUGUUCUGAAGAGACAGCUAAGUGAGGAGGUUUGGAAGGUUCUGUACCAGAGCACUGGGCAGUUAUAUGUAUGCGGUGGUGUGAACAUGGCCCGAGAUGUGGCACAGACAAUACAGGAGAUCCUGGUUAAGCAUUUGGGCAUAACACUCACACAGGCUGAAGAAUAUCUGGAGCAACUAAAGGCUGAGAAGAGAUACCAUGAAGACAUAUUUGGAGACUAACUCCUGAAAACUAAAUAUAGAUCUUGAGGGGA